AUGGGCGAAGAACAGGAAAAGGAAGUAAAUGCAGUCCGGGGGAUCCCUAAAGAAACAAAAAAAAAGAAAGUAAAGAAAAUAAAAAAAAAUGAGAAAUCUGCGAAAAAGCCAAGUGACAUUGUGAGUUGCAUAGCUUUUUUGUCCAGGGAUAAGAAAAAAUCUGCUGGGCGCAAAUUUGAGCAACUGAGCGAAGAGGACCCAUCUAGCGAAAGCGAUGUGUGCGAAAAACGCAAGCGAAAGAAACAGAAAGAUAAAUCACACUCUUACAAUGCACUCCAAAAUGUUUUUAACGACGAAAAGGAAAACGAAAAAAUAAUAAAGGAAGACAACAUUAUAGAGGAGAACAAAAAAUACAUUUUCGAAGAUGAGCUAAGUAUAGAAGAAGCUGAUGCAUUAACCCUGAAUGGAAAAAUAUAUAGCGACAUUGGUACCUUGGAAGUUCACAUUGUUAAUUACGAUGAAGAUAUUUUCAACAUAUACGAUGAUGUUAUUAUUGAUGACUACCCCUUAUGUAUGGAGACCAUAGCAGAAUCUUACUACCGAGGUAAGAAUAUCGUAGCCAUUGGAACCAUGAAGAAGGAAAUUGGUUUAUGGGACAUUAACAGCAUAGAUACGCUCGAGGCACUUAGUUAUUUGGGUGGCACGAUUGAGGAAAGACGCAAAAAGAGGCGCAAAGGGAAGGUACUAGCAGGAAAAGGAGAAGAUUCAAAGGCGGAUACACCUAUCGCGGAAAUACCCCUUGUGGAGGAUGCCUCUCAGAAAGCAUGCGAAAACGCUGUUGUAGGUAAAAAAAGGAAACAGAGCAAGAACAACCUACAGGGCCAUACUGAAUGUGUCACCUGUCUGAACUCGUCGAAGAUAAUUCCGAAUAUGUUGUGUAGCGGGUCGAAGGAUUGUUCCAUUAAAUUGUGGGAUCUGUCCAACCUUACUUACCUACAUAGCUUUAACUUCCACAAAAAAAAAGUUAAUAAUGUUUUCUUCCAUGGGAAUGAAAGCAGCAUUCUCCUCUCCAGCUCAUCAGACAAAACGCUAAAAAUAUAUGACAUUAGAAAAAACACAGUUGGCUUAAACAUACAUUUGGAGAGUACCCCUGAAUCUACUACUUGGAACAAAUUCAAUGACAAGGAAAUUUUUUUAUCAGAUGUCGAUGGUUAUGUGAAUAAGAUAGAUAUACGCUACGUUACGGAUCCAUCUUCCAGUUUUUCGCACAACAACACAGUUAGAUUUAAGGCCUUUUCAAAUUCAUGCAUUUCUCUCGUCAGCACGCAUUACCCAAAUUUGAUCCUAGCAGGAUCUGAAGAUGGCCUCGUGAAGGCCUACGACUUUGGCACCUUCGGAGAGCAGGGGCCUAUGUGUGUGUACACGAAGAACCUUAAAAGGAACCUUUACUGCAUGAAGGAAAACGAAGAUUGGCCCAAUGUGAUAUUUUUCGGGUGUGACAAGCUAUACGACUGGGACAUGAAGUCGUGCAAGGAAUUACGUGAAUAUUUCAAGCUGUGA